GGGUUGAACCAAAUUAAUUCCGCGCGAAAUGCAUGUUGUUGUUUAGUGGGUGGUGAAAACUUUGUCAUGUGGACAAAUGAUGAAGACUUUUUGAAAUUGUGAUAUUCUGUUGUUUCGAUACAAUAAAAUAAAAAUGAAACUUUUAAAAUGAUAUAAAAUAUAUCCGUAGAUUUUAUUUGAAAGUGUUCUCUUAAUUCCCAUUGGUAAUGAAGAUAAUAGUUGGUGCUGAAUACAAUCAGAGAUGGAUAGAUGAUUUUAUUCAAUAUCAUUUUUUUGAUAAUAAAGAAAUAUGAUGAGAAAGGCAUUAAAGUUAUAAGCAAGAUGCAGAAAUGUCUUCACCCAAUAAUAUCACUUGUUGUUGUUUUGGCUAGCUGUUUUGCUGAUAAGAUAGAGGUAAUCGAAGAGACAGGAUGCGCCGAUUCGGAAUUCCGGCUGACGUGUGCCCGUUUGACGUCCCUGAUAGCAAUUUUAGAAGCAGGUUUAUACACACCAGAUUCGCAGGUGUAUGGAAACGGAAACCGGAACCAAACCAGGAAUAGAACUACUCAAUUUGGAAGCACCAACUGUCGGCGAAUGUACAAGGCACAUUUGCAAAGGGAUCUUUUCGAGUGGAUCCAUAUCAAUAAUAACAAAGUGCCGGUAAAGGGGGUUCAAAAUCUACGAGGUCCUCUAAAUAAUAGGUAA